GAUAACAGUGAUAAGGCUCAUUGCGAAUGUUGCGAUUAAAACGCAACGACUUACGAGACGUUUCUCGAACUUCAAACACGUUUGCUGGCGGUUCGUGGUGUUGUUAUAAUGGUGUUAUUACUUAUAAUUGUCGAGAAAUAUCUACUGUGAUGUCUUCCGAAACGAAAUCGCUUCUUAACGAGUGUGUACAAUGAUCCGACCGUCCUACAGUGUUAUUGGCAUCCGGCACGUCUUUAUCUUUGCCUGAAGAAAACCCACCUCUUUACGUUGUUUCAUGACGUGUAUGGGGACACGAUUAAAAAGCCAUGGUGUCCAUCGCGGCCGUUCAAACGUUAAAGUACGAUCAAUGCUACUAAAUUUGUACAUUUUAUUAUACUUGCGCACAUAGUCUAGCCUUCUCGAAAGUGAUAUUAUUUCAUUUUUGAUAUUUUUUUCUAUGUUCCGCAGAAAAGCUGAUCAUUUGAAAGAACAAAUAUGUGUAUCUAAAGAUAUAAACAGUGCUGAAACGUUAGCAUGCCAGCAGCAAUUGAGGGUAUGCUCUUCUGCUUGUAUAAUUAUGUGUUGUUUGUUGUUAUAGUAUAGGUACAUACAUAUAUACCUAUAAUAUAGUCAGUUUUGAAUCCAGGUAUAUGACAGAGAAAUUUUGUUUGCCCCCCCCCCGCCCCCCGUUUAAUUUGGGUAAAUUAAUAAUUAAUUAAAUAGUUAAAAAAAUUUGUCCAUAAUUUUAGUAAUGCCUCUCCCCCUAGAAAUAUUGUCUGAAUUCAACACUGAGUAUAAUAAAAAACAACACAAAACAUACAUAUAUAUAUAUAUAUAUAUGUUUUGCAUUCUAGAUAAUCUAUCAACAAGUAUUGACUUUAGACUUAGAGUAUGCGCUCGACCAAAAAGUUGAACAAGAUCUCUGGAAUCAUGGUUUCAAAAACAACAUCAAUAAGUUACAACAACUAGCCAAAGAUAAAAAAGUUAGAAGGGGAAUUUGAUUGUGUAAUUUUCUCAUUAAUAAUUUAAAAAAUUUUGUUUCCCAAUAGAAUGCCAAACGCAAUGAAUGGAACGCAUUAUUUUUAUCAUGCCUUGAGUCUGCCUAUGGAUUUUAUCUUACACUUUUGCACAGCAUAUGUUUAACAUUUGAUUUGGAUCUACCUUUUCAUAAGUGUGUAACAAUUAAUAAAUUUAAUUGUGUUUUGUGCAAAGUUAAUUUUAUUUAAAUAUGUUAUUCCUGUAGGAAAUUGUAUGGAUUUUGUGAUACAGAUGAUAAACCUAUAGGAUCAACAUAUUUAAGAAAACCACAGAAAAUUUCAUGUAAUUACAUAUGCCAAUAUUGUUUGGUACACUUGGGUGAUAUUGCUCGUUAUCGUAAUCAAAAUAGACAAGCUGAAUCGUUUUAUAGGUAUAUAGUUUUAUUAAAUAAUGUCAUGUAUUUUUCCUUAAAAUAUUUAAAUUAUAUUUCAAUAUUUUAAAAAAUAUAAUAUUUAUUUUUAUAUAAAUCAUAAACUUAUGCCUUUAUAUAAACUUAACAGACAUGCCAUACAAUUAAGCCCUAGCAGUGGACAGCCUUACAACCAAUUGGCUCUACUAGAAGCAUCCCGCGGAGAUUGUUUAAGUACAGUGUUUUAUUACAUGAGAAGUAUAAAUGUUAGACACCCUUUUCUAGCAGCUAUCAAUAAUUUAAAUGUCACGUUAAAUAAGUACAUAAGCUCUAGGUAAUUAUUAGUAACAAAUAGUGAUUUUAUUCUUUUUACAAAUUAAACAAUUAUUUAUUUAUUCAAAAUUUAAAUAUAUUAUUUUUUAUUUUUUUUUCAUAGUCAAGAUAUGCUGUAUAAAACUAAAAUCACUAGCAAUGAAUUUAUUCAAUUAUUUCUCGCAUUCCACGGAGUGUUAAUGUCAAAGGAUAUUAUGAAGCGUCAAUGUUAUGAUGGAUAUAUUAAAAGUCUCUCUCUCUCGUUUACACCGCUUAUUGCUACUGAAUCAUUCACAUCAUUUAAAUUACAACAGGUUGUUUAUUAAUUUAAGUAUUUUUACUUAUAUUUUGUUAAUAUUCUAUUGUUUAUAGAUGGUGGUUAUUAAUAUGCUAGCAUUUAAUUAUAUUAGAAAUGAAUCUUCAUCUAUAAUGACACCGUGUUUCCCAGUUAUUGAUUUAUUAGCCACAUUUCUCAAUGCUUUUUUACUUCCUUUGUACACAAUGAAAGAAAGUCAAAAUAUUUCAGAAUAUUAUACAUUACCCGCAGGUAGAGUAAUACUUAAUUUAGUUACUAAAAAUAUCUAGGAAGAAAAUCUAAUUAUGCCACACCUGCAUGUGCCAUCUCCAUCUUACAAACACAUUACAUUUAAUUUUUAAUAUGAAUCAACCUAUCAUUAAACUUAAAAAAAAGAGCUAUGCAACUAAAGUGAUUUUUUUUUUAUGUACUUAAAUUAAGCAAGAUUUAAGCAUUUUUAAAUUGUAAUAUUUUACUUACUCAUAUCUCUCUUAAAAAUUAAACUAUCGAAAAAAACAACAAAUAGUCUUACAUUUAAGUUUGAUAGUUCACUAUAAUAUUAAAACUUGUUGUUCCUUUUAAAUGAUAAUUUGUUGGAUGGAGACAAUACAUGAAAGUGUUGCAUCCUCUUAAACUUUAAAAAAACACAUUUUCAGUAUAUCACACUUGAUUUUUACAGUUAAACUUAUUUUGGAUUGGAUACAAAGUGAUAUUAAUGUUUUAAAUUCCCCUGGCUUCAAAAGUCGUUUACAAAUUUGGCCAGGUCUUUGCAAAUUGCUUAAUGGAUUAUCAAAUGAUCUGGAUCCAGAAGAUUGUAUGUAUUAAAGUUAUUUAGUUUUUAAUCUGAAUUAAUACUAUUAUAUUGUUAGAUUCACAUAUUCCUUUACCAGAAGAUAGAUUGCUUCAAGGUUUUAUUAUGUUAGAAUCAAUACAUUCUAAGUUCAUGUAAGGAGAAAAUUGUAUAUUUUAUUAAUGAUUUUAUUGGUAUCGUUUUAAUAUAUUCUUUAAUUACAGAUUGAAUCCUGAUGAUAGCACAAAAAUAAAUAUGAAUUCACUAAGAGCUAGUCGGUUAAUCAGUUUUGGUAUAUGGUUUUCAUCUACUUCACAUUCGUUAAUUAAAGCAAUGUAUUCAAUAUGUUCAAUGGUUUAAAUAUUUUAUAUAUACUAAAAAUUUAUCAAAUGUUAUUUUAUACAGAAAAAAAGAUAAAGAAUGGAGCUUUGAAAUAGUACCAAGCAGUUCUGCUGGUUCUCAUUCAAUUGAUCUUGCUGCUGAUCUUGAAACAUUAUCUUCAUAUCAACAGCGUCAGUUACUAAAUUCAAGUAUGUUAAAAUCCCAAUCAUUAAGUUUAAGAGGACGCCACACUGACAUCUACUGCCUCCAUCUUAAAAACUCGAGAUAGCAAAUUUGCGAUUAGUAAGACACAUUUUGUGCCGUUAGUUUUAAUAUUAAAGCAAAUUGACCUAUUACCAAAAUUAAAUAUAAAAAGAUUAUAUAUGCUGUAGUGUUGAUGAUAUUUUGAUAUUUUAAUUUUUAAGUAAGAAUCAUUUUAAAAUUGUAUUUUAUUAAUUAAAACGUAUUCAUGUCUCAUAUAUAAAUAAAAAUAUCGAAAAAUCAUCAACACUAAGGCAUAUAUAUAAUCUUCUCACCUUUAAUUUGUUAAUAAGUCAAUUUUCUUUAAUAUUAAAAUUAAUGGUACAAAAUGUGUCCUACUGAACGCAAGUUAGCUAUGUUUCGUGUUUGUAAGACGGAGACAAUAGAUGUCGGUUUGGGAUCCUCUUAGGAAUAAUGUAUAUUAAUACGUUUUGAUUUAAUAUUCUGUUAUAUUUUAAUUAUUUUAAAUAAAUAAAUAUUUGGAUUGUUUAAGGUGAAAGAAAAAGUGGUAUUUUGAAGUUCCAGUCAUCUAAUAGUUCUGAUAUAAAACCAGUCCUCCGUAAUGUUGACUUUGACACAAUGUUGAAAAGGAAUCAUGAAACUGAAAUCAAACAGGUAUGAUGAAAUAAAUAAUAAUUUCUACAUUUUUUUUAUAAUUUAAUUCAGUGUUACCAAUUAAAUCAUCAUUUAGGUAAAAUUUCGAUCUCCGUCUCCAAGUUCAUCUUCCAGCAGUGAAGCUAAAUGGUCUUUAGAAGACCUGGAUCAAACUUCAUCAGAGUUUGAAAAGGAUCAAAAUGCUAUAAAACCUACUCCUAUUGGUUAUCAGUUACCACAUCCCAUCAACAAUUUAAAUUCUCCGAAGUCUAAUAUCAAUCCAAUUAUAAAUAAUUUUGGCCAAAUGCAUAUAAAUGGAUUUCCUUCAUCACCAGAAAACCCAUACAGAUUUGGUCAACCAUUACCAAAUUUUACAGCUUGGCCGCAACCACCAGCCAGUUGGAUUGAUAGCAUAAAACAACCUCAAAAGUAAGAAUUUUAAUAGUAUGUUAUAUUAUCUUGUAAUAUUUAUUUAUUUAUUAUUUUUAGCAAUCAACAAAAACAUCCAAUUUUUCCAUUUAUGCAAAACCAACCUCCUCCUCCAGUUGGUCAAUAUUCAAAUGGUACUUGGACUAAUGUUAAUUCUUCUCCAAUUAAUCCACAUAAUACAUCUUUGCAAAAUAGUUUAAAUGUAAGUUCUUUGGUUGAUAUAAAAAAUAUUCAGGUUCUAAUUAAUUGAAUUUUCAUUAAAGCAUUUCAACAUAAGAGAUGAUCAGCAGCGUAACUAUUAUAAUGGUGCUAACAAUAGUUCUUAUUAUUCACUAUUUAAUCAACCUAAUAAUAUGAUGAUGUCACGGAAUAUGGAAACUAGUCAAGAGCCUAAUAAUAGAUCAUUUGCAACAUUCCAUCAGCAGGUAAAGCCUUUAAGUUUAAAAACAAUUGAUGCAUUUUGAAUUUUAUAUUUGUUGUAGUCAUUGUGGUCUGGUCCAGGACCGUCACCACUUGAACGGCUAUUGGAACAACAACGUAGUCGUGAUGCUUCGGAAGGAGGAACAUGAAGUAAUGAAGUUUUUACUUCAUUGGUUACCUUUGACUUGUUUAAAUUAUAAGCCGUACAUUUCGGCUAAGAAAUUGAUAUUUGAAAUUGGCAUAAAACAAUAUCUUAACAAUUAAUCAUGCUUAAACUACAAUUUUUGACUUUACGUCAAAUGGUGUGUUGGCAAAUGACGUGAUUUGCAUCUUAGAGUAGGUGUAAAGUUACUUGGUCUUUUUUCGUAGUAUAACAACACGAAACAGUUAAAUGCCAUCAUAAAUUAUCAAGCGUGUACAAUAAACUGGUAUUGGAUAUAUUUUUUUUAUUAUUUGUUUUUUUUUUUUAUUUUUUUUUCCAAUCAACCAAUAUCAAUAAAUAAUAAUUUGUAUGAUCAUUUCAUAAGUACUACAAUUUGUUGGUAUUUAUAGUUUAUGUACAAGAUUGUUAUUUUUCUGGAUUAUUCUUAUUAUCUUGUAAACUUUUGCCAGGAAUAAAGGACAAGAUAAAUGGCAUAACAGUUGAGCCCCAUCAUUAAUUCUAUGUAUUUUUUUAUUAGAUAUUAAGAGUUUUCUUUUGGUGAUUAAUUUUGUAAAAAAAAAAAAAAUAUUUGACAGUUUAUUAAAUUAUCAAAUAAUUCAUUUUUUUUUUUUAAUUUUAGAAUUGAAUCUAUUUUUUGUACAAUUUUGAAGUAGCAAUCAGCAUUUACAAUUUGCUUAAUUAGACUAAAUUGUAUGAAUAAUAUUAAAAUGAAAAAAAAAAUGUGAUGCUAAAAUAGUUCAUAUCAAAAUUAGUUAAUGUUUUUUAUUUUUUUGGAGAGAAUGUAUUUAUAUUGAAUUCUUACUGUUUUUUAUUGUUAUUAUUAUUAUUAUUAGGGUUAUUAUUUUUUCAAAAAUAUUUUAUUUACUGUAUUUGAAUAAGUCCAAGUCUGAGUAAAAUUACCUCAAUAGAUUCAUAUUACCUAAAGUAAAGAAAUACUCAUAUGUUGUGUUAGUUAAUUUACUAAAAAAAAAACUGUAUAAUUUUUUUAUACAUAUAUAUAUAUAUAUAUAUAUGAUAUUUUUAAAGAAAUUUAGUAGUCUUAAAAACAAUGAAAAAGUUCCUGUGCAGUUUCCUUCAUCUUCACUAAAUUGAUUAUUUUGUAAAUUUAUUUUAUUAUGUUUCUAUUUUUAUUAUUUUGUUUUUUUUUGUUCAAAUAAUUUCAAUUGUUUUGUAAUUCAUUUUUUUUUUUUUUUUUUUUUUUUUUUUUUUUUUUGUAUCUUUUGUGUUUACAAUUAUAACUUGAUAACACACCAUGAAUUAAGAGACUAAACUUUUGUUAUUUUAAAAUAACAUCAAGUGCCUAUUAAAUAAUUAUCCAAUUUUUUUUAGGUCCAAUUAAUAAUUGAAAUUAGAAUUAAAAUUACAUUUUUACAUUGAUUUUAUAGUAAUUUAUAAUAAUAGAUUAUUAUAUCUUUGAUUUUUUUUUUUCUUAUAUUUAGCUUAAUGUUUUUUUUUUUUACAUCAAAUUGUAUGCAAACAUAAAUAAAAAGUUUGGUAUUAGGUUAAAAAUAUCUCUAAAUUCAGUAGUUUAAAAAGCAUGACAAUAUAAUUUAUCUUAACAGACUAUUUUAUUAUUUGAACUUCAGUUUUCCAUAAAUCUACUCGUAGGGUUUCUAGUCCCUAAGUUAUCAUGAAAACAUUUUAAUUUUAAAUUGAUCAGUAAAUUAUCUAUAUUAAUAAUAAAAAGUUUAUCCGUAUAUAUUUUUUAUCAAUAAUAUAAAAACAAUUCUGAACAGAGCUAGGUCAAUAGUAUUGUUUUGUAAACCAUGUGUGUUCACACAACAUUGAUUGCUUAACAAGGUUAAUAGGUUUUAAUAUAAUAAAAACUUAAUAAUAAUUGUAAUUUAUGGUCUUGCAUUCUUAGGGUGUGAGGUCUUUUUUUUUGUAUCUGAAAAAUUUAUCCUCGAAUUUUGAAAAUUAAAAUUUAUUUUCCUGCAGGAAUUCCUACAUCUCGGGAAUUUCCAAAUUGUUUACAAUUAAAUCUGGUCUAAGAUUGAUAAGGAAUAAUCUCGAAAUAUUUUGUAAUUGUGGGUUUUGCUCUUAUACUUAUACAUCUAGACGGACCAUUCAACAUAACGCAUUUUGGUGGAUGGAGUUUUAUUUUAAGGACAGAAACACAUGAGAUAAUAAAUGAAGUGUUUCAAUUGUUUGCCUUUUGUUAAAUCUAAAAUCUAUUAAUAUAUAGUGGCCCAAUUACCGGAUACAAUAGCGAAAAAUCGUUUAAAAUAGUAGCCCAAUUGCUGGAUCUGUAAUAAAUGAAAAGUUUUAGUGGUACCUUUUUGAAAAUAUGUUCAUUGUGGUCCGAUUCCCGGACGCCCGUUGUAACGUCUGUCUUGAUCGAUAAAUUCACGAAUGAAAUUGAAUCACAAAUAAGUGUGCGUAUUCAUUUUUUUUUUUUUUCUAACUGUUUCCUUCGCUUGUUAUAAUUACGCGAGUGCGAUAUAAAUAUAAUCAAUUAUUAUUACACAAGGACAGGGAUGAAGUCGGUGCCGGAUUAACCUAUAAGCAAAUUAAGCACUGCUUAAGGCCCUCGCAAAAAUUCGGCCCGUAACAUUUUUUUUUUUUUUUGUAGUGAUGAGAAAAUUUGAAAUCUGUUUUUG